AUGCAACUUAACAGCAAGGCAGGAGAGGAGGAGAGAAUGCAGCUGCACCUGGAGGCCAGCGCCUCUGAAGAGGAAACACUUACAGAUUAUUACAGAGUACUCAGGACCCUUGGCAAGGGGAGCUUUGCUGAGGUCAAGCUGGCCUGCCACCUCCACACAGAGGUUCAGGUAGCUGUCAAGAUCCUGAAAAAAGAUAACAAUAAAACUGAAAUUGAAAUCAUUAAGGUGCUAGAGCACCCAAACAUCAUUAAGCUGUUCCACAUCAUCAAUACCAGAGAACACACCUAUAUGGUGAUGGAACAUGCUGCUCACGGAGACCUGGUGAGCCAUAUUGAGAAGGUGGGAUGUCUGCAGGAGAAGCAGGCCCAGCACAUCUUCACACAGUUGGUGUGUGCAGUUCACUACUGCCAUAACAAUGGCAUUGCUCACAGGGACAUCAAACUAGACAACAUACUGCUGGAUGGCAAAGGGAACAUCAAACUGUGUGACUUUGGCCUGGCCAUCAGAGUCACAGAUGGAGAGAUGGUGUUAGGGUUCUGUGGCACUGUUGAAUAUUGUGCUCCAGAGCUAUUCACUGACAGAGAAUAUGAUGCAAAGGCAGUUGACAUCUGGAGCAUGGGAGUUGUUUUAUAUACAAUUGUGACAGCACAGUUCCCAUUCAAUGCAUACACCUAUUCAGACAUGAAGGAGGAGAUGCUGAGUCCCACUCUCUUCAUUCCUGCCACACUUUCAGAAAACAUCGCAAACCUCAUUGUGCAGUUGUUGACUAUGGAGCCUGGGCAGAGGCCAAAGAUAGGUGACAUUAAGCAGCAUCAGUGGCUCAAGGACAGGGAAGAAUUUUGGAAACUCCCAUCAUCCUUAGCAACACACGGUAACAACCCAAGUCCCAGCAUUGUGGUGACUAUGUGGGACAUGGGCUACCGUCCCAAAGAUAUUUGUGACUGUAUUCAUAAGAAAAAUUUUAAUAACAUAAUGGCCACCUAUUUAAUCCUAAAACAUGGUCACCACACUAACCAUCCUGUUAAGUCCAUACAGGGCGGUGUUGCCAUGUCCCCAGCACGUGCUCUCACCUCUCUUCUUCCUCUGAGGGCAAUGAGUGAGCCUGCACUUUCCACAUUGACCUGUCUGCCUGAACACCACAUACACAAUGAGAAUCGGUCAAGGAACAAGGGAAGUAGAAAGCUGAGCAUGCCUACCACCCUGUGCUUGCAGCAGUAUGGGGUCAACCUACCCAAACUUCGCCGCAGGUGUGCUCCCAACGUUACUUAUCUUGUGAGCAAAAGUGUGAAAAGUAACAUUAUGUGCAAAGGGGUCUCUUCAAGAUGCCCAUCCCAACAGGGCAUCUCUUCGGUACAGUCUUUUUCCCAGGAGGCCCUCCACAAACUAAACAUCCCUUCAAAUAGUUCUUACACUCUGAGUACACCACCUGCAAGUAAAUCCAGAGAGUCACCUCAGCGUGUUACCAGCAGUGCCACCAAUGGAACCCAGAGACCUUCCCUUCAGGCAACAACCAAGGAAAACUUUAAAUGUGUCCCACCCAAAGGAGGAAGUACACACUUUUCCAGGAAUCUAUCCCAAGGCUGGAAGAGGGUAAAGAAGAGAAUUUGGAACUGUAUGCAGACAUUGUGCUGCUGCCUACCAGUCUCAAAAAGGAGCCAUAUUUCUCAGAAAGAAGUAGUACCACGUAAAGUUGAAGGCAAUAGAGUGACAUACUCUAUUGGACUUCUGUGA